UGUUAGAAAGACAAGUAAGGGAGUCUCUGAACAGACAGCACAGGGAGAGGCCGGAGUCCCGGCAGGGAGGAGAGGGUUAAAUCCUUCCCUCAGGAGUACAAAAGAAAAGAGUGUGCGGAAAGAUUAGGAUUUUUGCUUUUACAAUGGGAGCUGCAGAAGCGUAGGGAAGAAGCUGAAGAAAAAAAGGGGGCGUCUCCCCUUUAAAGACUUGCAGAGAUUGAGAAAGAGAGAGUCAGGAUCAGAGAAUCAGAAAGAGCCCGUCUGUCUCUGGGAAAGGAGAGCAUCUCUGCUCACUGUGACUUGCACUUGGAGGAGAGGCAUCGCUGGCUUCAGACCCAGGGGUAGAUCGGACCAGGUCACUCCGGUGGAGCCCCUCCCUCUCCCACCUCGCCACCCGGGAAUGUCUCGGCGAAAGCAGCGGAAACCGCAACAACUAAUCUCGGACUGCGAAGGUCCCAGCGCGUCUGAGAACGGUGAUGCUGGCGAGGGGGACCGCCCCCAAGUCUGUGCCAAAUGCUGCGCACAGUUCACUGACCCAGCCGAAUUCCUCGCCCACCAGAACGCAUGCUCUACUGACCCUCCUGUAAUGGUGAUAAUUGGGGGCCAGGAGAACCCCAGCAACUCUUCUGUGGCCUCUGAACCCCGGCCUGAGGGCCACAGUAGUCCUCAGGUCAUGGAUAUAGAGCACAGCAACCCCCCAGAUUCCGGGUCCUCCGGGCCCAUGGAUCCUACCUGGGGCCAAGAGCGGAGAGGAGAGGAAUCUACCGGGCAUUUCCUGGUCGCUGCCACAGGUACAGCGGCUGGGGGAGGCGGGGGCCUGAUCUUGGCCAGUCCCAAGCUGGGAGCAACCCCUUUACCUCCAGAAUCUACCCCUGCACCCCCUCCUCCACCGCCUCCACCUCCACCCCCAGGAGUAGGCAGCGGCCACCUGAACAUCCCUCUGAUCUUGGAAGAGCUGCGGGUGCUGCAGCAGCGCCAGAUCCACCAGAUGCAAAUGACCGAGCAAAUCUGCCGGCAGGUGCUGCUGCUGGGCUCCCUAGGCCAGACCGUGGGUGCCCCCGCCAGUCCCUCCGAGCUGCCUGGGACAGGGACUGCCUCUUCCACCAAGCCCUUACUGCCCCUCUUCAGCCCUAUCAAGCCUGUCCAAUCUGGCAAGACACUGGCACCUUCCUCUUCCUCCUCCUCCUCCUCUUCCUCCUCCUCAGGGGCAGAAGCGCCAAAGCAGGCUUUCUUCCACCUUUACCACCCAUUGGGGUCGCAGCAUCCCUUCUCUGCUGGAGGGGUUGGACGAAGCCACAAACCUGCCCCCACCCCCUCCUCAUCCCUGACUGGCAGCACAGAUCAGCUGCUUGCCUCACCUCAUCUGGCAUUCCCAGGCAGCACAGGACUAUUGGCAGCACAGUGCCUCGGGACAGCCCGAGGCCUUGAGGCUGCUGCCUCCCCUGGGCUCCUGAAGCCAAAGAAUGGAAGUGGUGAGCUGGGUUAUGGGGAAGUGAUGGGUCCCUUGGAGAAGCCUGGUGGGAGGCACAAAUGCCGCUUCUGUGCCAAAGUAUUUGGCAGCGACAGCGCCUUGCAGAUCCACCUUCGUUCCCAUACCGGUGAGAGGCCCUACAAGUGCAAUGUCUGUGGGAACCGCUUUACCACCCGAGGCAACCUCAAAGUGCACUUCCACCGGCAUCGAGAGAAGUACCCACACGUGCAGAUGAACCCACAUCCGGUGCCGGAGCACCUAGACUACGUCAUCACCAGCAGUGGCCUGCCCUAUGGAAUGUCUGUGCCACCAGAGAAGGCCGAGGAGGAGGUGGCCACUCCAGGUGGAGGUGUUGAGCGCAAGCCUCUGGUGGCCUCCACCACAGCUCUCAGUGCCACAGAGAGCCUGACACUGCUCUCCACCGGUGCAGGCACAGUCACAGCUCCUGGGCUCCCUGCUUUCAAUAAGUUCGUGCUCAUGAAAGCAGUAGAACCCAAGAAUAAGGCUGAUGAAAACACUCCCCCAGGGGGUGAGGGGUCAGCCAUCAGUGGGGUGGCAGAAAGUGGCACAGCAACUCGCAUGCAGCUAAGCAAGCUGGUUACUUCGCUACCGAGCUGGGCACUGCUUACUAACCACUUCAAGUCCACUGGCAGCUUCCCCUUCCCCUACGUGCUAGAGCCCUUAGGGGCCUCACCCUCUGAGACAUCAAAGCUGCAGCAGCUGGUAGAGAAGAUUGACCGGCAAGGAGCUGUGGCGGUGGCUUCUACUGCCGCUGGAGCACCCACCACCUCUUCCCCUGCACCUUCAUCCUCGGCCUCUUCGGGACCCAACCAGUGUGUCAUCUGCCUCCGGGUGCUGAGCUGCCCUCGGGCCCUGCGCCUGCAUUACGGCCAACAUGGAGGUGAGCGACCCUUCAAAUGCAAAGUGUGUGGCAGAGCCUUCUCCACUCGGGGCAAUCUGCGAGCACAUUUUGUGGGCCACAAAGCCAGCCCAGCUGCCCGGGCCCAGAACUCCUGCCCUAUCUGCCAGAAGAAGUUCACUAAUGCUGUCACUCUGCAGCAGCAUGUUCGGAUGCAUCUAGGGGGCCAGAUCCCCAAUGGCGGUGCCACUGUUCCUGAGGGUGGAGGUGCUGCCCAGGAGAAUGGCUCUGAGCAGGGUAUAGCCUCGGGGGCAGGGAGCUACCCCCAGCAGCAGUCACAGCAGCCAUCACUGGAGGAGUUGUCAGAGGAAGAUGACGAGGAUGAGGAAGAAGAGGAGGAUGUGACUGAUGAAGAUUCCCUGGCAGGAAGAGGCUCAGAGAGUGGAGGCGAGAAGGCAAUAUCAGUACGAGGUGAUUCGGAGGAGGCAUCUGGGGCAGAGGAGGAGGUGGGAACAGUGACAGCAACAGCCGCAGGGAAGGAGAUGGACGGUAGUGAGAAAGCAGCUCAGCAGCCUUGUCUGCCACCACCUCCACCACCAGCUGACAGUCUGGAUCAACCCCAGCCGAUGGAGCAGGAGACCAGUGACGUUUCGGGAGGCAUGGGAGAGGGAAGCAAACCAGAGAGGAGCUCAAGCCCGGUGACAGCACUCACCCCAGAAGGGGAAAGCAUCAGCACCCCUUUGGUGGAGGAGCUGAGCUUGCAGGAAGCCAUGAGAAAGGAGCCAGGAGAGAGCAGUGGCAGAAAGGCCUGUGAAGCGUGUGGCCAGGCCUUUCCUAGCCAGGCAGCUUUGGAGGAGCAUCAGAAGACCCACCCCAAGGAGGGGCCACUCUUCACUUGUGUUUUUUGCAGGCAGGGCUUCCUCGAGAGGGCUACUCUCAAGAAGCAUAUGCUGUUGGCUCACCACCAGGUACAGCCCUUUGCUCCCCAUGGCCCUCAGAAUAUUGCUGCUCUUUCACUGGUCCCUGGCUGUUCGCCAUCCAUCACUUCCCCAGGGCUCUCCCCUUUCCCUCGAAAAGAUGAUCCCACAAUCCCAUGAGCCAGUUUUUCUGUACCUGCCACCCUUUGACCCAGGGAGCAGAAGCCGAGAGCUCCGUGGAAGGCCCUCUAAGAUUUAUGAGCCCUUAUUUGUCUUUCUCUGAGUUCUUACAUGAUAUCUCCAGUGGCUUUUCCCUAAUCCCUUAGCUUGGAAAUUGUGCUUACAUGGGAAUAGCCCCCUGAGGAUUUCUCCUUCAUUCUUUCUACCUGAAGAAAGAUCCUCUGCAGCUUUUACAUUUUCAACGGGAGCUCUCUCCUUUCUCCUUUUUCCUUCUCUUUGGCCGGUGCACCUAAGCACCCAUCACUGAACCCGCACACAGCCCAGCCCAUAGGGGCUGGCAGAUGUAUCCAAAGACCCAGUGCCACUCGCCGGUGACCAGUUCACACUGCAGGACUGCUCGUCCCAGGACCUUCCUUCCCAGCUG